AUGGCCUCCACAUCCUCGGCUUCGCUUUAUACAACCCCAAAGGCUGCUCGAGCUUCUCGGGGCAAAGAGCUGGCCAAAGUGGCGAACUCAAACACAACCAAGAAUUUAACUGCGUCAGGAUCUAACGUGCCAAACAUUCCCACCGAGAGUCAGUCUCGACGACUUCUAGAGGUUGUCAUUUUUUAUAUUGGAGAAACGCAGCAUCACUUUGAUAUUCGCGAGUUCUCAGAUCGCCUUGAUUUGUUCUAUGCCAACCCACACGACGCGGCGCAGCAGCAAACACCAUGGUUUCUUGAGAUGCUACUCGUCCUCGCCAUCGGGAAGUUAUUUUCUGGUGAUUUCGACGAUCAUAACGAGAUACCAGGAAGCGAACUAUUUAGCUAUGCGUACAAGAAUCUCCCCACCUUGGGUGAACUUUAUACACAUGGUGUGUUGGGCGUGGAGAUCCUUGCUCUGGUAGCAGUAUAUCUGCAGAACCUCAAUCGAAAAGACGAGGCUUACCUACACAUAAGCACUGCUUUGCGGCUUGCAAUCUCCCUAGGUUUACAUCGCCGUUCUGGGGCCAAGCAGUUUUUACAUUCUCAAAAAGUCCAUGUGAAUCGACUCUGGUGGACAAUCUAUAUGCAAGAACGCCGCUCAGCCGCUGCUACCGGCAACCCGUUCAGCAUAGACGAUGACGCAGUCGAGUUGGAUAUGCCUACAGAGUGUGUUGGAUACCCGACGGCUGGUCCAUUAAGAACCAACUGCAAGGUUUCGAAAGUCUUGGGGUCGAAUUAUUUCUGGUAA